AAUUUCGCUCCCCUUUCCCGCCAGCGAACACCAAACCCUCCCUCCGCGCCAACUUUCCCUCGCUCUGCCUCCCUCCGCGCCAAGCAUCCUCCUCAUACAUACGCCGAUAUCCAGAGUCGACAAGCAGAGUAGGGUUCCACUUCCGGCACCGAGAUCUCCGCUCGCCGCCGCCACUCCCUCCGUCUCUCAGUCCAUCCCUCCUCAAGGUCAGCGCCUCCCCGGACGGAGCGGGCGGUCGCCCUCUUCGAGUUCGACACCGGCCGUACUCCCGCGGCCUUUUCCUCGAUUCACCCGGGGCCGGGGUUCUUCAGGUUCAGGGAUCAUUUUAACCUUCACUUCUCUGAGUAGAUUUGGCUACAAACAAGGCACGCAAUCUGUAGACUGUCACUCGGCCACAAUGUCUGUAGAUUUGGCCCACAAAAUAGUUUCGACUCUCAGAAGAUCUGAAAGAUGCAAGAACACCCGUGUAAUAUACAAUGAUGAUUCUGAAGAAGAUUCCAAGACUGAGAUAAUUUAUUCUGAAGAAGUUGCCUCUCCUUCACCCUCAGAAAUUAAUGUUGCUUCUGUUGAUGAUAACUCCGGUGAACAAGAUUCUCGCAGUGUGUCUCGUAAGGAUCGAAGAACUCGGUCUAAAGUUAAGAAUAAGAAGGCCCCAAAAACUAUUUCUCAAGGAUCUGGCACUAAGGAUCAGUCUCAGUGUGGGGGUCUUGGGGUUGAAAGAUCGAAUGAGGAAGUUGAUCUUGAUGAGCCUCUUAUUGCUUUGAAACAGAAGAAAGAAAAGAUACCCCCUUCUAAGGCAAAAAGAAAGACCGGUGCAUCAUCUUCUCCACAUGCUACAAAACUAGAUACAUCAACAAAGAGAGAUGAAAUCAGUCCUGUACAAACUUCCCUAUUCGAGUCAAAACUGCAUGACUUAGUGACACAGAAGCUUGGAAGAAGAGCUGUAGAUCAAGAGCACUCGAGAAUUGCUAUUGAACACACCUGUGACCAUUUAUCUGUUGUGCUGCCUCAGUUUCCCAUCGAAGAUAAUGAAUGUGGGCAGCAGCCUGGUUUCAUCACCCAACCAACUGAGCCAGAUGUUUCUGACGCCAAAGCGCAUUUGCAUGACGGUGUGGAACAAAAAAAGACUGAUAACAAUUUUUCUUCACUAGAUCCCAUUGAUGAAGUGAGCAACCAUCAGAAAUCUUUAGAUGAUAUAAUUAAUUACACAGAUGUGAGGUGCACAUCGGUGGUCAUGCAACCUGAUUCAUGUGGAAGCACAGGCAGGGUUUGCAGUUUGCAUGAGGAGGUUAUGCAGAUGCCGGUGGAGGGUCAAUUAGAUUCACUAGUCUGCCAUGGUGUGAAAACAAAGGAUAUAUUACUGCAUAUGAAUGUUGAACAAGCAGCCACAGGCUACAAUUUUGCUUUUGAUAGGACUCUUGAUUUGGCUCAUACUGCCAAUUUUGACACUCAAGAUGGGCGGUUAGAAAAUAUAGUUUAUGGUGCUCUGAAUAAUAAUGUGCAGCGGAAGUGUUUUGAAACAAAAACUUCUGUUGGAGUUCCUGAUUCAGUUGUGACUCUGAGCUCACCAAUUGCAGCAAAUGUUUCACAUGAUGGUUGCCUCUUACUUGCCAACAUGGAGGGGUCAUCAAAGGAUAUGGAUCAGUUAAGUGGUACAGUGAAUGCUGACAUUUGUAGAUCUGUUAAUGAUCAAGAAUCAAGAGAAGCAUAUGUUGUUCAACAAAAGUUAUUCCAGGCUUGUGUUAACAUGGGCAAAACUGGACAUGCAAUAUCAGAUAGCUCCACUAAUCCUGAAGAAACACAAGGAAAUUCUGAUGGGCAAACUAGGGCGUCUGAUUUUUUCAUUGACGAAGGAUCAAUUGAAGAUCAUACUCCAAAAAAACUGUUGUCCCAGAGAAAGAUUAUGUCACCAAGUUCUCAGGAGAAGUUUUGCAAUGCUUUGGCUGGUAUCGAUUUGUGUGGAGUCCAAAGGCUUGAGAGAAAGAUUAAUCUUGAAGAUUGUGAUGCAAGUAAUCAAGCAUUACCUCAGACAACAAACAAGCAAUACCGAUCUGUGUUAACCACAGACAGGAAACUUAAGAGCAGAACUUCUAUCUCCUUUACAAGCAAAGGAAUUCUUAAGUCAACAGAAUCCCCAUCUCCUCAGCUGACAAGUUCAUCUGUUCUUUUGGACACUGAGAAAGCUGUUGAGUUUUCACAAAGGCAGAUGCAUGAUAUAGAGAGCAUUGCAGCAAAUCUUAUCAGGAGCUUGAAGCACAUGAGAAGUUUAGUGGAUGAAAAUUUGUCAUCGGAAGCACAUUCUUUGCUUCCCAGUUCUAACACUGCCGAGAUGAGAGCCGCAUCCGAGGAUGCAUUAAAGGUGGAGAGAACUACAAGGAAAUGGUUGACAAUAAUGAACAAAGAUUGCAAUCGCUUUUGUAAAAUAUUGACACUAGAAGGAAAGAAGGCUGUUUUGCAUCCAGAAUUGCCGAGGAAACGUAGGAAGAUAACGUUCGCGGAUGAAGCUGGAGGAACGCUCUGCUAUGUUAAUGUGUUUAGUGAUGUACAGACCUCUCCUGCAUGUGAGGGUGAGUUAUAAACAUUUUUUGGGCUGAUUGCAGCAGGCAAUUUUGUCAUAAUAAGUUGACUUUUGACAAUGAAGAAUCAAACAAGAUGGCCCUGUUUUUUAUUUUUUUCAAACAAGAGAUGGAUGGCCCUAGUCAGGAACCAAGUAACUGGGGAAUGUUUCCCUCCCAUUGUAUGUUUAGAUGCUAGAGUCCAUAUGAAGUGGCUUCUGAAACUGUUCCAUCAAAGCUCCACUUGCUGUAAUUUGUAGACAAGAAUCAACUUCUGCAAUUUGAUUGUUCUGGCGAUUUCAUUGUA